CAACACCACCACCAACAUCACCAACAACCAUCAUCAACACCACCACCACCGACACCACCGACAACCAUCACCAACACCACCAACAUCACCACCACCACCGACAACCAUCGCCACCACCGUGAUGGGAAUACGAUACUCAGAGCCGCUGUGCGAGGCGGCCUACAAGGGCGACGAGCUGCUCGUGUCAUGGCUGCUGGACCGCGACUCCUCGCGGCUCCACGGCCGCGACUCCAACGGCGACUCGGCGCUGCUGGCCGCGUGCCGCGGAGGGCCACCCCUCCAUCGCCCGCCUCCUCCUCAAGCGCGGCGGGGACGUCGGAGCCACCACCAAGAGUGGCCGCUCGUGUCUCCACGUGGCGGUGCGGCGGAGAUUCUCGUGGCUGGACGCGCUGCUCAUCGUGCUGCUCAUGCCCGUGCUCAUCGGCUACUGGAUCAUGGUACAGAAGCGCCGCUUCAACGAGGACCUCGUGAAGCUGCUCCUGGAGGCCGGAAGUGACGUCAACGCAGUGGACAAAAGUGGCAACACUGCGUUGCACUACGCCUGCUCGUUGCACAACCACGGAGUGGGGAAACUGCUGCUCAUGGCCAACGCCAGCGUCUCCAUCCAGAACAAGGAGGGCCUCACCGCGGUCGACCUGGCGGCCGCUGGCAACUUCAAGAAGCUCCUCCCGCUGCUGCGCCAGCACCAGGAGCGGCAGCGCACCCAGGAGCUGGCGGCGAGCGCCGGCCUGCGCGCCCGGCGCUCCGACUCCACCGCCUCCUCCUCCACCUCCUCCUCCACCUCGUCGCUCCACCGCGACGGCGAUGACGGCGACGACGGCGGCGACGAGGAGGGGGUCGAGCGGAGGCGGGGCGAGUGAGGGGUGGAGGAGAGUUGGACGGCGCC